CCCCUCGCUCGCCUCUGCUCGCUGUUCACUUUCUCGUGAGCGCUGUCAAGGGUGGUCGGGUCUCCCUCUUUCUUCCUUUUGUGUUAAUGUAAUGUCGUUGUUGUGUUGGUGGUGUCAGGCUGCAUAAUCCUCUCGAGAAACCGUAGUCACUCGGCCACGCAAACGGACGUAACGCCGAAGUCAGCAUGACGUUCGAACUGAAAGAGUACCCGCCCAGGACCUUCUCCGAGAAGUACCAGAAGUACCUGGCUCCUCAUGGCAUACUCCAGCCGCCGCCGCUCGUCCUCAAGAACAAAAAGCUUGGGAGCAACGCCGAAGACACACUCAAGAAAGCCUUCAAGAUCACCGUCAAAAAGCUGGCAAAGAUGAGGUCAACGUGUGCCAACUGCAACAGCGAAGUGAAGGGAACCCUGGUGUGCCCGGGUUGCAAGGCGGCAAAAUACUGCAGCGAGAAAUGCCGAUACGAGAGAAAGCUGUCACAUGCCAUGGUGUGUGAGGCGCUCAGAUUAGAACUCAUAGACCAGAUUGUAGAAUGCUUGCCCACGCCCGUGCUUCUGGGGCGUGGCAUCCUGCGUGGGCGUGGUGGGCUGGUGGAGGAUUGGAAGGAUUGGUUCACACGGCACACCUGCCUUGAGGAUAACAUAAAGGCUGGCACGGACGUCGUCAGCCAAUGGUGGGCGUACACGGGCGUCCCUCACCCUGGAGAGAAGAGCAUCCACGCUUCCCUCGAGCGAUGGGUCAGCAACGUGUUCAGCACCGUGCUCACCAUAGGGCACUGCCCCACCUGGCUCCCCGGCCUCCAGACAAGCUUCCAAGGGCAGGGCGCCGUCCAUAUUCAUCUCCUCGGGGCUGACCUGCCGGAGGUCAAUGCCGUGGAGUCCGGGCUCAUUCAGGUAUCGAGUCGCGUGCUCGGCCAGCCACUCGUCGUCACCCUGGUCGCGCCCGACCUGGCCCACCACCCGCAGACGUUUUCCUGGACCCCUCGAAGCCCCAACCAGGUUACACCAGGCGUGCGUGCUGUGGCGUACCCUGGUCUGUACCACGAUUUCUGGAGAGACCACAUCGCCACUUCGGAUGCCCAAGACCAGGUUCCUCGUCCCCACGUCGCCCUCGCCAUCCACCCUGGCGUCCACACAGAUGAAAUGCUGGAGCUCUGGAAACCGACGCUCCAGCUACUAGCAUAUGAACGCGUGCCCGUCGUUAUGACCACGUACAAUAAGGCCGAAUUCCAAGAAACUUUAGAGAAACUGCAGCCACUGAGGUUCAACUUCGUCCACGAGGACCUGAAUCCCCUUCGAUCUCUCCUGGCCAAGCAAACUCCUUAUGAACCCGACCACGUCUGGGCUUCCAAUUCUUACGUCAUCGCGAUUGAUAACUCUGACUCCUCGAUUUCCAACGGCUCAUUUCAGUGAAAUUUGCAAUCAAGUGGGUUGUACAAUAAGAGGUUGUUAACUAAGGUAUCCAGCUAUUGAUCAUGCAUGUUGAUGGAAAAUGUUACUUUUGCCUUAUUUUUUUUGUUUUUUUUUACUGGAAACUGUUCUUAUACAAAAUAACUCAAAACUAUGCAACUCAAUGACACAAAAUGCUCAAUAAACACUAGUACUAAGA